AUGCACGUUGACUCGAGCGAUACACGCCGUCUCGGCGCACGGCGUGCGCCUCUCGAUCAGACGUGGUUUCCGCACAUUCUCUCGCGCAUCGUCGACCUGGCGCCUCUCGAUUCGCUCCUCCGGCUCCGCGCCACCUGCCGGCGGCUGCGCGAUCGCAUCGAUAUGCGCCUGUUUGAGCACGUCGUCCUCGUGGCUGUUGCGCCGCGCUACGCAGGCGCUAAGACUGGCGUGGGAUUUGCCCCUCCCGACGCACUGCACCGUCUACUCCCCUGCAUCCCGAGCGUACGCCAGCUCCCCCGAUCUAAAGAUCCACAAACUGCCGCGCACCUGGCGUCGAACCGUCGCAACAUGAACCACAUACGCAUCCUCGACUCAGCGACCUCAAAGAUAUACGACCUCCCCUCUUUCUCCCUCCCCCUCGUGCGGCGGUGCAACUCCUCGGCCGCCGGCUUGCCGGCACACGUCCUAGUACAGACAUUAUCCCUCAGCCCCGCAGACGACGACGAGGGCGUCGCGCGGCAGUGGGACAGGUUCCGGCAACUCGCGGUCACAGCGACGGGUACGGCGCCGCUGGGGGCGGGAGUCCGCGCCGCCGGUGAGUGCGGCACAUUCGUCGCGCACCUCGCAUACGACGGACCCCCACGCCGCGGCAUCGUCCUCGACGUCCGCCGGCGCUACACGCGGGAGCUCGUGCUCGUUCUCCCAGCGGUACCACAGGACGCGGCGGUCCGCGAGGUCGUCGAGGGCCUGCGGGUCACGCUUAUGAUGGCGCUGCCGGGCGGGACACGGGUCACGCUCGUGGGCGUCGAUAGGUUCGGCGCACGCCACUUCGGGGUGCCCGACACGGAGGACGCGCUGGAGGCUGUGCGCGGCGCGCUGCUGGCACAUUGCCGCCUCGAGCCGGAAGAUGAGAGGCUGGUGUGUAUCGCGUACGGCGACUGGGCGGCCGACGUGUGCCCCGAAAUCAGCGCGCCGCCGCCCAACAUCCCCAACGUCAUCAUCGACCCGCCGGAGCUCGUUCCCGCUCACGCGGCACCUUAA